CUUUCUGCCUCACCCGCCCCCACCUCCACCAAAGCGCGCCCCUCCCCCGGCUAAAGGAAUGGUCGCCCAGCUCCUGCACUGCACCCCCUGACCCCAAGGCACGAGGUGCGCCUUGCCGCACGUCCCCGGAGCAGAGGGCAGCACAAUUGUCCCUCUGUCCUCCUGAUCCAUGCACAGGAAGAUCCACGCUCCGCAGCGGCCCCCCAAGCCUCCCUGCAACACCCGGUAAUGCAAUUCACGGGGGCGGGGGAGGCGGCAGCAACGGCGGCGGCGGCGGCGGCAGCAGCACUGCCCCAAUCUAGAGACAACCAGAGACGAGGAAAAUGGCUCCGAGUAGGGACCGCCUGCUGCACUUUGGGUUCAAGGCGACAAUGUUCUCAAAUAGUGAUGAAGCUGUAAUUAAUAAAAAACUUCCCAAAGAACUCCUAUUACGGAUAUUUUCUUUUCUGGAUGUUGUAACCUUGUGUCGCUGUGCUCAGGUCUCCAGGGCCUGGAAUGUUCUGGCUCUGGAUGGCAGUAACUGGCAGCGAAUUGACCUGUUUGAUUUCCAGAGGGAUAUCGAGGGCCGGGUAGUGGAGAAUAUUUCAAAAAGGUGUGGGGGCUUUUUACGAAAGUUAAGUCUUCGUGGGUGUCUCGGAGUAGGAGACAAUGCAUUAAGGACCUUUGCACAAAACUGUAGGAACAUUGAAGUACUGAAUCUCAAUGGGUGUACAAAGACUACAGAUGCUACAUGUACUAGCCUUAGCAAGUUCUGUUCCAAACUCAGGCACCUUGACUUGGCUUCCUGUACAUCAAUAACAAACAUGUCUCUAAAAGCUCUGAGUGAGGGAUGUCCACUGUUGGAGCAAUUAAACAUUUCCUGGUGUGACCAAGUAACCAAGGAUGGUAUCCAAGCACUAGUGAGAGGCUGUGGAGGUCUUAAAGCCUUAUUCUUAAAAGGCUGCACACAGCUAGAAGAUGAAGCUCUCAAGUACAUAGGUGCACACUGUCCUGAACUGGUGACUUUGAACUUGCAGACUUGCUUACAAAUCACAGAUGAAGGUCUCAUUACUAUAUGCAGAGGGUGCCAUAAGUUACAGUCCCUCUGUGCCUCUGGCUGCUCCAACAUCACAGAUGCCAUCCUGAACGCUUUAGGUCAGAACUGCCCACGGCUUAGAAUAUUAGAAGUGGCAAGGUGUUCUCAACUAACAGAUGUAGGCUUUACCACUCUGGCCAGGAAUUGCCAUGAGCUUGAAAAGAUGGACCUGGAAGAGUGUGUUCAGAUAACAGAUAGCACAUUAAUCCAACUUUCUAUACACUGUCCUCGACUUCAAGUAUUGAGUCUGUCUCACUGUGAGCUGAUCACAGACGAUGGAAUUCGUCACCUGGGGAACGGGGCCUGCGCCCAUGACCAGCUGGAGGUGAUUGAACUGGACAACUGCCCCCUAAUUACAGAUGCAUCCCUGGAGCACUUGAAGAGCUGUCACAGCCUUGAACGGAUAGAACUCUAUGACUGCCAGCAAAUCACACGGGCUGGAAUCAAGAGACUCAGGACCCAUUUACCCAAUAUUAAAGUCCACGCCUACUUCGCACCUGUCACUCCACCCCCAUCAGUAGGGGGCAGCAGACAGCGCUUCUGCAGAUGCUGCAUCAUCCUAUGACAAUGGAGGUGGUCAACCUUGGUGAACUGAGUAUUUAAUGACACUUCUAGAGUUACCAUGGAUCUCCAUUGGAAGCGACCCCAGUGUUCCGGGCAAAGGUUACAAAGUGAGGGCAGCGUCCAGAUCCCCAGAGCCACACAUACAUACGCAUACCCACUCUCACCCCCACCCACUCUGUCUCUGUGACCAGGGGAUUGGGUUUGUGCUGGCUUUAUCAUGCGGAUUGGUAAAACUUCACCAUUCCUGUCGGAUGUGCCCAGAAGAAAAUCAGAAGCAAGGUAGACGGAAGGGGGCAUUCCAGCAAACCCAGUGUUACUGCUACUGUGGUUUCUUUAUUUUGUUAAGGGGUUUCUUUGGCAGUUUUGGAACAGCAGCUGCAGUCCUCCAGGGUCAAGGAAAGCAUAGAAAAACAAUACAUGUUGUAUCCAGGGACCAGAGAGAAGAUUUCUUUGCAUCCUAUCAAUGGUAGCCAUCCAUUGUAAGAUGACUGCAGAGCUUCUGUGCUUCCUUGUUCCCAUGCCAACAUGCCGAGCGUGCUCACAAAGAAGGCUUGUCCAUUCCUCCUCCUGUGUUUUAGUAUUUGGCCCAGAGGUUUCCUAAAUGGUUGCAUUGAAAUCGCUGUGGUCCAAAAGUGAUGACGUAUUCACUCAAAUUGUCACUCUCUGUAGCACACUGUGUACCUGUCUUUCACUCUCUGUUGCUCCCUCCUGCACUCUUGCUCAGUCUGUCGUCUGUGCACAGUCUGCUUACUCACACUUGUUACUCCUUCACUGUUGUUAUGUUUACAGUUUGCAUUUUGGAUGAUUAGUUGGGGUUACCAAACAUUUUUAAGAGAGACAUUAUCAAUAAAUAUUUUUUUAAUUCUAAAUUUUACCGUUAGGGGACCCUGCCUGAAUCUUUGCCAGUCUAAAGGGAAACUAUAACAAAAGCAAGAAAAAUUCUGAGAAGAAACUGAGCUAAGACUAUUUUGAUGAAAACAAACUUUGCCUUUUGGUUUCUGUUAUAUCUUGUGAUAAAUGAUAAUAUGCAUGAUACGCCCGGUAUUCCCCCUGCACAUUUUUCCUUCCAUCUAACUUAAUAAGGAGAGAGAAAUGCAUUAUUAGGAAACGGUGGAAUGGCAAAUCCCAAAACUGAACCUGAAAGCUGCCGCCACCCAAGCUCAGAUGUGUUGUGUGUUCACCGAAAUCUAGGUGUGAUCAGUGGCAUCUAAGAUUUGUGUCUCUGAGGUUUGUUCUGCGUUAGCAGGAAUGCUGCUAGAGGAGUUGUGCGGUUGAGCCGGGUAGUUUCUCUUUUUCCCCCCCAUUUCAGCCUAUCAGGGGUUCAAGAAUGACCCUAUCACAGCUGGUCAACUGUAUGUCAUUGUUGAUGGUAUCAUAUCUAAUGUUGGAGCCUCAAAGGACCAGAACCUGUCAGCCAUAUCUCUCUUGUGCUCCAGAGUUUCUGUGAAUGAAAUACUGUAGUAGCCAGGUGAAGGCAUUGGGGCAGCAGAAAGAGAACAUUGAGAGGAAGUAGGGGGUUCAGUGUCUCUUCCCAGCCUGGUCACCAGAGCUGAGGGCAGGGAAUUUAGUGCCCGUGACUCAGAGUCAAAGAAGAAGCUCCCCCCACUAAAAAAAGAAAAAAGAAAAAUCAUGGAGGAUGAGGGAAAUAUAAUGAGUUUCUGAAGUACGAGAAGUAGACUUCUAAAUAUCAAGGUUAGAGACCUUGUGUGAUUUUUAGUAGGGUGACUUUUUGUCUUUUAGGACAUUAAUGUCCAGUCCACUAUAAUCUUAGGUCAUCUUCUGCAUGAUCCAGGCUGUUAUCAGGCUUGUUUUAAUGCUUGUAGGUGCUGGUUCUACCAGCAUAUGUAAGAAUAAAGUGUGAUUUGUUUUUCCACAAGCGAUCAGUUGAAAAGGUCCUAGGAAUCUGUACUAUCCACCAUUAUUUAGCGCUUAAUUUAUUUUAAAUCCCAUUGUGCCCUUUUAAGCUCAGAUUAUGUGUGUUUUUCAUUUCCCUUCCUUUAUCCUCUUUUCAGAUUACCAUAUAAGGAAUAUACUUUUUAAAGUGAGACCCACUCUCCUGGCUAUACCCCACAUAUACAGAUACACACAUGUGCACACACACUUCCAGAUGUGGUUGAUAAUAUUCAGAUCCCUGGGUCCUCACUCAAAUAAAACUAAAAAGAAGAAUAUUUAGGGUGCAGGUGCUCUAACGUACAAGUUUAAAAAAAAAAUAGUGUCUGAACAAAACCCUGAUUUAUUAGUGAGUGUGGAUUCGGAUUUCCCAAUAGUUGAAGCUCUUGAGGUACUUCUUUAUUUAAAAAACCCUAUUCACCAGUACAUGAAGAUCUUAGAAAUGCUGUUUCUGUUCUCAAAGAGUGUACCCAUGUGCAGGUCCAUGUGGAGGCGAGCCCUGCCUGUCUGGGCCAAGAACAGAGUCAAGAGAGGGAAUAAAGGCCCUGGAGUGUGCAGCACUGGCAUGUAUGUGGUCAGGCAGGAACCUUGCUCCUUUCUGAAGCAAACUUCUGGCCCACCAAGCUUGGAAGGGCAUGUAUUUUUUAUGCCAAUCUAAAACCGAUGUCAGCUGAUGAAAUGUACCAGGACUUCGAGAACGCAGAACAUGGUAAGUUUUGGUCAGGUGGAAGGGCCCUGCCAUCUGAACAUAGUAUUUCCUGUCUCAUCUUCAGGGACACUCUUGAAAAUCCAAUAAGGCUUUACUGAUGUAGGAGAAACUCUUCCAUAGGAAAAGCUUAUUGGUCCAUUUGUCUGACUCCAGAGCCACUCCACAAUAUGCCUUCAAUAAUAAAAAAAAAAUACAGAGGGAACGGAGAGAAGAGAUUUGGGAUAAGUAAGAAGGUGCCCUCAAAGUUAUUAUGCAUCCGGAUCAUCUCUUUCCUAAGCAGCCUUUUCCCCUUACAUGUUUUAGCAUCAUCAGUAUCUUUUACACCUUCAUUGGCCCCAGCAAGGUGAUGAUUCCAGCUUUUUUUUUUUUUUUUUGCAUUGACUUCUCAUAUGUCCUUUCUAUACCCAUCCUUGCCCUCUAUUUGGAAAGCUUCCAUCUCACUCCCAGCAAUGCUGCUAAUUUAUUCUCGUGUCUUCAGUUUAGCUUCCUCUUUGGAUCCUUGUCCUGAUCUGGGCAAACUAUCCUGGGCAGCCUUGAAUUCAGUAACUGUCAGGUAGCUCAGGCCAUUUUUCACUGGGUGAUCUUUGAUGUUUGCUUACUGGAUUUGAAAUCAAACUGUUAGACAUGAGGAGUAAGAGAAUCUGCCCUCAUCCUUUUUCCAAUAUUUGGAAUGUGAAAGCACAUCGUGCUUUAUGUAAAAAAAUGUUUUCUCCUCCUAUUCUGCUCUUUAGUGGAUGUAAAAGUAUUUCAGAUUAAGUGGUUUUUAUAAAUUUCCACAUCCAUUAAGUUGAUUUAGCAGACAUACAAGUCAGAAAUUUUUCAUAUGCCUUAUAUCACAUUUUAGAGGGCAACCUGGUAAAUAUUUUUAUAAUGCUUUAUUUGGGGCUUUCCAAACUGUUUGAAUGGUUCAGUAUAGCUACAAUGCUAUAUAGCAGUCAAGUUCUUUUAUUUCUUCUAAUUGCCUUGUAAAAUGCAUUGUUACUGGUCUGAUAACCCACUAAUGCCAUGGGGGGGCUAAACAAAGUAUGAGUUGGAACCUGUCUUGGUUUGAAGUUGUUAGGAAGUGUGAGAGUGUCCCUGGAAAGAAGAGGUGGUUUCCUGCCUGCCUGUGGGCAGCGUAUCCUUGGUGACUGUAUUGUUUAGAGGGGAGGAACACUUGAUCAUGGUGGACCCUUGUCCAUUUAAUGUUUAUUGAAAGUCAGAUUGCUUAUGACAGUUGCCACUAGUGAGAGAGGAAGGGUUUAAAGAAAAUUGGACUGUUCUGCUUUUUCCCUCCUUGUGUACAUGAUUUAAGGUUAGAUUUCUAUCCUUGUUGUGCAUCCUGGCUGACAGACUCUUUCAGUGGUAUGCUCUGAGCUUCCGGAACAUUUUAUACAAAGAUUGCCUUCUCUGUCUGCCCACCAGUUCUAGGAUUUUUAACCACCUCAAAUCCAGGCCAUGUGAAUUAGUCAAGUCUUGUUUGAGAAGACAUGUAGGAUGUUUCAUUGGAGGUCUUGAGGCAGAACCCUCCCGCUUACAAUGAUCUUGGACCAAAGAAUGCUAAAGUGUCAGGAGGGUGAGGGGAAUUAAUAGUCUCAGCCUCUCCUCACCUUUAUUUCUCUCAUAAAUUUUAAUUGUAAGAUUGGAAGUUACAGAGAGCUGUACACAACCAUGUCGAUAGGGUAUAAUUAACCCAGGUAAUUUGGGAAUAAAAUUUGGCUUAUAUUUGCUAUAUCCAGAUGCCCAGACUUAACAUCUUGGUUCUCCAGCAAAGAACGUGCUGCUCUAACCUUGCCCUCUCACUUGUGACAAACUUUCUACCUACCAGAAACUACCAUUUGAGGCAAGUGAGUUUUCUGCGUGAAGGGCUUCUGCGGCACCGCCCCCGCCACCACCACCCCCCGCCCCGUGCCCUCCCAAGGCAAGUCUACCUAUUUUGCCCAUUUUUAUUCUUAAAAACAUCAGUUCUGCAUCUCUGAAGCCUUUGAUCCUUUGGAAAGUCAGUAAGACCUUCUCAGCUGAGUCUGAGUGAAUCUUUGGAGCCCAAGAGAGUUACCCUUAAUUUUCAGCAGAGAAAAAAAUUGUUGGACAAAAUCAUGUGUGUGUUAAGAAAAUUCCAUAAUGUGCUUCCUCCGUCUCUGCCUUCUGUGUUUGUUGAGUAACCCCUUAGUAGAGGUUGGUUCAUAGGUGUUGAGACCUAGUGCUUCCUCAGCCAGGGUAGUUCACUGCCCUUUUAGGAAAAAGAACCAUGAACAACCAAAACUGUAUCAAUUGACAUUGUUUAUUUUCUGUGUUUUUCAGUGUCUUGUUUUGAAGAAUUGGGGUGGGGAAAUGGUAGUUGACAUUCAAAGUAGAGGAGAGAAUCGGUUCUGGAACUGGGGUACUUUGCUUCAGGUACAAGCAUCUGUCCUGAAUAUGUAGAAACGGCUGCCUCACAUGUGAGUAGGUUUACUUUCCUCUCCGUGUAAUGAACUCCAUGCCCUUCUUAGUGGCAAGGAGGGCUUCUACUUUCUACACACCUAACCAGUGUCAUCCAGGUGGGGAUUGGCACCACUGAACACCACCAGUGCUUCCCAUCGGCUUCUGGGCAUGAUUUUCACCAGGGCAAGAGCAAGUAGGCAGUAAAUGAGAAUCCCCACCCCAGGGAGAGAUAAGAGAAGAGAGGUGUUCAGACACAUACCUGUUCUCUUCUGCCAUAUCCCCAAGAACCCAGGGAAAUCUUUGAAGUGAUUUUUUUUCUUUUUUUUAAUUAAAGUGGAUGAAGAAAGAUUUACCCCACUAAGUUUUAGCUUGUCACUGUCUCUUAUACUACUUGUUGUUAUUCAUUCAAAUCUGUACUACACUGCUGCUCACAUACAUGUAUGUGUUUCUUACCUUAGCCUAACCCUUCUCAGCCCCUGAAGUCAUUUUUCUGUUUUGUGUUUUCUUUUUUUUAUGGCACUAGCGAAUGAGAACCUAAAGUCUUAGAAAAUCCUAACUUGAAAAGGAGUCUCUAACUGGCAUGGUUUGAUUAAUUACUUUACCUUUUCCCCCUAAAGACUUGAAUGAUUUUCUUCCCUAGUGCUAUAUAAUAGAUCUGUAAUAAGUGAAACCUUUGCUGCUACUUUUCUGGGUUUACGUCAGUUUUUUCCUUCCCUUAAAAAUAAUGUCUUAUCUGCGCUUCUCUUAUGACUGUUAAUUUCUAGUAAGUACAGGAAGAGGUGAACCCGAGAUUUCUCCUCUUACCCCCCUCCUCACGCUACCCCCAAGUUACACACUAACCUCUAACAUAUAUAAGAGCCAUGACAUGGGGCCCAUCAUAAGAUGCUUGUGGGGUUUUUUUCUCAUCAUGCUGCAGCUCUCAGAGCUGGCCCCUGAGGAUCUGUGACUACCCAGUCCGAAGGGUUACUACAGGCAGAGAAAGGCUCUCUCAAUUUUGCCUUUCUCCAUUCCUGUUUUAUGAUCACCCUUCAGAUGCCUCCCAUUCUGGCGGCCUCCUUUUUCCUCCCAGGAAUUGUUUCCAAGUAACCUGCCUCUGUCAUUUCCCAACUGCUCUCCUCACCUUUGCCCACCUUCCAGUGACCCUGAGAGCACAGACCUGAGAGACGGGGCCUGUGCAGAGCUCAGAGAACUGUGAGGACUACCCCUGCCUUUCAGACUCUACUUGGGGACAGAGAUGGAUGGGUAAAUGGUGCUGCGGGAGCAAUUUUUAUCUUCAAACCAGGCUGUUUCGCCCUUUGCACUGCCCCGCCUCCAUCCCCACUCCCCUGAGGAAGGGGUAAAGUGCAGAGGAUGGUUGACUAGCAGGGUCUGAUCCCCAACAUUGCUGUCUGGCCUAAGCCUUGUCCAGCCAUUCGGCCUGCUCUGGAGUGAGAGCUUCAGUGUGUGGGAGCUGCUGCUUGCUUGUUUCUCCACCAGGCCUGCCCCAACACUUAGCCGGUCCCUGGGGCCAACACAGUUCCCUACAUGGUGACUUAACACCAGCCUCCAUUAGCUGUCCAAGCGACUGCGUUUCCACCCAGUACUUUUGGCGCUUGAGGAUGGGGGGAGGGAGGGAGGGUUAUUUAAAAUAAAUAAAAUCCAAGGUGGCAGUAGAGGAUUCCUUUUGCUUUAAAAAUCUUUGGACUAAAAAAAUAAAAAAAAUUAAAAAAAUGUUUUUUUAUAUAUGAAUAUAUAAAGUAAAUUGUUAUGUAACUAUUAUUGUUUCCUGUAUGUUCUAAUUUUUGGUUUAUGAUGUAAUUAAAGGAAAUAAGCUGUGAA